AUGACGGCUGGCCCACCAACAACCGCUGGCUGGCCGGGAACGAAGACUUCCAGCCUCGCGAUGGACGUCGCUGGAAUGACGAGGUGGACACCAGCACUGACUGGAGUAAACCACUGCCCAGGAAUGAGAGGAUGGAGACGUAAGCUGCCUCUGUUCGAGCUGUUUGAGCAGGCUCAUCGUGGCAUCAACUUUGACAAGUAUGAAGACAUCCCCGUGGAGGCCACUGGAGAGAGUGCUCCAGAAAACAUAGAGGAUUUCUCUGAUGCCCAUCUUGGUGAAAUCAUCUCCAACAACAUCAAGCUGUGUAACUACACCAAGCCCACGCCCGUACAGAAGUACGCCAUCCCCAUUAUCUUGGCCAAGCGCGAUCUCAUGGCGUGUGCACAGACAGGUUCUGGCAAGACUGCAGCCUUCCUGGUGCCCAUUCUGAACCAGAUCUAUGAGAAAGGACCAGGAAACAUGCCCAUGCCCAAGGGUGGUGGCCGUAGCCGCAAGCAGUACCCACUGUCCCUGGUGUUGGCACCUACACGUGAGCUGGCUUCUCAAAUCUACGAUGAGGCUCGCAAGUUCUCCUACCGCUCUCAUGUACGCCCAUGUGUAGUGUAUGGAGGCGCUGACGUUGGUGGACAGAUGAGAGACUUGGACAAGGGCUGUCACUUGCUGGUGGCGACACCUGGUAGACUGGUGGACAUGAUGGAGAGAGGAAAAGUCGGCCUGGACUACUGCAAGUUUUUGGUCCUUGAUGAGGCUGACCGUAUGCUGGACAUGGGUUUUGAACCCCAGAUUCGCCGCAUUGUGGAGCAGGACACCAUGCUGCCGCGUGGAGAGCGCCAGACCAUGAUGUUCAGCGCCACCUUCCCCAAGGAAAUCCAGAUGUUGGCUCGUGACUUCUUGGAGAACUACAUCUUCUUGGCUGUGGGGCGUGUUGGCAGUACCAGCGAGAACAUCACCCAGAAGGUUGUCUGGGUGGAAGAGAACGACAAACGGUCCUUCUUGCUGGACUUGCUGAAUGCUGCAGAUGUCAACACCCUCGGCCCAGAAUCUCUGACCUUGGUCUUUGUGGAAACCAAGAAGGGAGCCGAUGCCCUGGAGGACUUCCUGUACAGGGAGGGUUACCCAGCAACCAGUAUCCAUGGCGAUCGUAACCAGAGGGACCGCGAGCUUGCUCUUCAUACAUUCCGCUCUGGCAAGUGUCCUAUCCUAGUGGCAACUGCU